AAGCAUUUGGACAAACUCAACAUACUUUAUACCUCUUAACUCAAAUUCCUUUCACUGUUACAAACAGCACUUCACAACAAUAAAUGCGCAUUUGUAUACCUGUCUUUUACGCUAGAUUUUUCUUCACCAUCCUAACAGCAUUUGCUUUCCUAUUUAUCUCUCAUACUGCAGUACAUGCAACGCCUUUACCAGUUGCAUCAAAAUCUCACCACGGUGUCAGCAGUUUUGACAUCCUCCUGCAAUCCGGCAAACUUCUCGAUGAUCUUUUACAACUAAAUGAUAAAGGCACAAUUCUAGAAGGCCUUGAUCGUGAAGGCAUAGCAAAUGGAUUUUUCGAUUCCGGUGAUAAAAAGCAGCACGAUAAAGGCAGUGAUAAAUAUGAAAAGCAAUUUGACGGUGGCAAGAGCAACUAUCGCGGCAGCUAGUUCUUAUGCACGAUCGCUAUUUCUUUUUUUCUUUUUUUUCUUUUUUGUUCUUCUACAUCUGUUUUAUAGAUAGAACAAUCUUAAACUAGAAAAAAUACAUUGUU